AUGAAGUUCCCCUCUCUUACGAGCUUGAUGCUCGGUUUGUUCUCUGUGGCACCUGCAAACGCUGCGAAGUCCUUCUCGGCUUCGAACCUCUACUAUGCUGCUGGCCUGACUGAUGGACAGCAGACCACUUUGCUAAAUGGCCUCCAAAGUGCCGGUGUCAAGGUUCUACGCGUAUGGCUUGAUGGCCAAUCAGGAGCUACAAAGGGAACGCCCAUCAACGACUUCAAAAGCCUACAAGGCACUAGUUCGGAUGACUGGGAUGACACCGUGCUGAGCCGGCUGGAUACCUUUAUGGUUAAGGCUCACGAUUAUGGUAUCAUACUUCUCAUCUCCAUUCACAGCUACAAUGCUCUUGAGAACAACAGUGAUUUCUAUGGAAAAUGGUACGGUACUGGCGACUUUUACACCAGCAGUAAAGCGAUAAGCCAGUUUGAAGACCGCAUCGCUCAUGUUCUUGCGCAUAAGCAUCCCAAGACGGGCAAAACGUGGGCCCAGAGCUCUGACUACAUCUUCGCCUUUGAGGCCCAGAACGAAGCUAUGCAUCCGCAAGGGAAUCCACAAGCCUUGACUUCCUGGCAGUGCACCAUGGCCAAAAGCAUCAAAGACAACCUCAAUGGAAACUCGAAGAUCCUCGUCACGACCGGCGGCGGCGCUUACCUAGACAACUCUCUCCUCGAUGCAUAUUUCACCUGCGAUAGCCUCGACGUCCUUGCUAUCCACGCCUACGGUGUCGCCGACCUUACAGCCUCCAGACUUCAGCCAUUCGUUGAUAAGGCAAAGAAGGCAGUCAAGAAGCUCAUCAUGCAAGAGUGGGGUGUAUGUUACACCGACGCCGAGAAAGAUAACUGCAACGGAGGAAGCCCAGUUCCCGCGAACACGAGAGAUAGCAAUAUCAAGAAGUGGGCAGCGAAUAUUGAUGCAGCGGGAAUCCCCUGGUUCUACUGGCAGAUCCUCCCGAAUGCAGAUCCUCAUCAAGGCUGGGACUAUGAGGUUGGUGUCAGCGAUGCGAACUGGGAUGCCUUGAAGGCUGCUGCACUUGCUUCAGGAAAAGCUGAGUCUGCUUUUGACUUCAGCCCUUAUUUGCUGUAA